GAAGAUAAUAUCAAUUUUUAUAAUAUACUCUCAAUAUUCACAACAUCUAAUUUCUAAUUUCUAAUUUCAGUGACUGGUAUGUUUUCAAGCUUUUAUUACCUUUGAUUUGAGUAGAAUAUUAUUAGACACGUCUUAAAAAUUAGUAAUUCAUACAAAUAUAUCAACCACUGUUGAGUACCUACCACUUAAAAUUUCAGGGACCGCCACUACUACUUUUCUUUUUCCCCACCAGUAACAUAAAUUAAAGUACCUUAUCCCUCUAGCUAUAAAUUGACAUCCUCUUAUAUUUCAUCAUAUCAACUAAAGUACAUAGGAAUUAAAGCAUCUCAAUCCCCCCCCCCCCCCCCCCCCCCCCCCCCAAAAAAAAAAAAGAAAAAGAAAAAAAGAAAAAAAAAAUGAACAUCUUUUUGUUACUAUUCUCACUUUCAAUCAUCCCAUUUGCCUUAGCAGACUCAUCAUCAUCACCAUCUCCAGUUCUCGACAUCAAAGGUGAUAAAGUCCAAACAGGUUCCAACUACUUCAUCUUACCAGUGAUCCGCGGACACGGAGGCGGGGGGCUUACACCAUUCAACGUUAAACAAAACAACACAUGUCCCAGGGACAUUAUGCAAUGGCUCGACGAGGACCAAGAAGGAUUGCCUGUUGUAUUUACACGUGUCGAUGCCCAAAAAGGCGUCGUACGUGUAUCUACUGAUGUUAAUGUCAGGUUUUUUACACCAACUAUAUGUGCUAGAGAAACUAUAUGGAAAAUAGGAGAGUAUGAUGAUAAGUUGAAGCAGUAUUUUGUGGUGACUGGUGGAGUUGAAGGGAAUCCUGGUCGUGAAACUGUGGGGAAUUGGUUCAAGAUUGAGAAAUUCGAGUCGGAUUAUAAGGUUGUGUAUUGUCCAAGUGUGUGCAAGUUUUGUAAAGUUAUUUGCAAAGAUGUGGGGAUUUUUAUCACUAAGGAUGGAGUUAGGUUAUUGGCUCUUACUGACACUCCAUAUAAGGUCAUGUUCAAGAAAACUUUCUGAGCAAUUUGGGAGCUUUGUAUUUUGCAAUAAUAUUGUGAUGUAAUAAAACUUGUGUUCAAUAUGUUAAUUUGAACACUGUUUGCUA